AUGUCCGAGAAUGGGGGAGACAAACAACAUCUUAUUAAUACUGAUAAAAGGAAAUCCACUGAAGGAAUUAACAACACACUUAAGGGUCCAACAGGAGAGAUAUCCACUGAAAAAAUAGGAAAAAAAUCCACAGAUGGAACAAACGACACACAAAAGGCUCUUGAUGAAAAUAAAUCCACUAAAGAAAACAAGGACACACUGAAGAGUUCUGAUGAAAAGAAAUCCACUGAUGGAACUAACGACACACAGAAGAGUUCUGAUGAAAAGAAAUCCACUGAAGAAAAUACAGACAUACAGAAGAGUUUUGAUGAAAAGAAAUCCACUGAUGGAACUAAUGACACACAGAAGAGUUCUGAUGAAAAGAAAUCCACUGAUGGAACUAAUGACACACAGAAGAGUUCUGAUGAAAAGAAAUCCACUGAUGGAACUAAAGACACACAGAAGGAACUUGAUGUAAAGGAAUCCACUAAAGAAAUUAACAUCACGCAAAAGGUUCCUGAUGUAAAGAAAUACACUGAAGAAAAUACAGACAUACAGAAAAGUUCUGAUGAAAAGAAAUCCACUGAUGGAACUAACCACACACAUAGGAGUUCUGAUGAAAAGAAAUCCAGUGAAGGAACUAACGACACACAGAAGGAACUUGAUGUAAAGGAAUCCACUAAAGAAAUUAACAUCACACAAAAGGUUCCUGAUGGAAAGAAAUCCACUGAAGAAAAUACAGACAUACAGAAGAGUUCUGAUGAAAAGAAAUCCACUGAUGGAACUAACCACACACAUAGGAGUUCUGAUGAAAAGAAAUCCACUGUAGGAACUAACGACACACAGAAGGAACUUGAUGUAAAGGAAUCCACUAAAGAAAUUAACAUCACACAAAAGGUUCCUGAUGGAAAGAAAUCCACUGAAGAAAAUACAGACAUACAGAAGAGUUCUGAUGAAAAGAAAUCCACUGAUGGAACUAAUGACACACAGAAGAGUUCUGAUGAAAAGAAAUCCACUGAUGGAACUAAAGACACACAGAAGGAACUUGAUGUAAAGGAAUCCACUAAAGAAAUUAACAUCACACAAAAGGUUCCUGAUGUAAAGAAAUACACUGAAGAAAAUACAGACAUACAGAAGAGUUCUGAUGAAAAGAAAUCCACUGAUGGAACUAAUGACACACAGAAGAGUUCUGAUGAAAAGAAAUCCACUGAUGGAACUAACCACACACAUAGGAGUUCUGAUGAAAAGAAAUCCACUGAAGGAACUAACGACACACAGAAGGAACUUGAUGUAAAGGAAUCCACUAAAGAAAUUAACAUCACACAAAAGGUUCCUGAUGGAAAGAAAUCCACUGAAGAAAAUACAGACAUACAGAAGAGUUCUGAUGAAAAGAAAUCCACUGAUGGAACUAACGACACACAGAAUAGUUCUGACGAAAAUAAAUCCACUGAUGGAACUAACGACACACAGAAGGAACUUGAUGUAAAGGAAUCCACUAAAGAAAUUAACAUCACACAAAAGGUUCCUGAUGGAAAGAAAUCCAAUGAAGAAAAUACAGACAUACAGAAGAGUUCUGAUGAAAAGAAAUCCACUGAUGGAACUAACGACACACAGAAGAGUUCUGAUGAAAAGAAAUCCACUGAUGGAACUAAAGACACACAGAAGGAACUUGAUGUAAAGGAAUCCACUAAAGAAAUUAACAUCACACAAAAGGUUCCUGAUGGAAAGAAAUCCACUGAAGAAAAUACAGACAUACAGAAGAGUUCUGAUGAAAAGAAAUCCACUGAAGGAACUAACGACACACAGAAGGAACUUGAUGUAAAGGAAUCCACUAAAGAAAUUAACAUCACACAAAAGGUUCCUGAUGGAAAGAAAUCCACUGAAGAAAAUACAGACAUACAGAAGAGUUCUGAUGAAAAGAAAUCCACUGAUGGAACUAACGACACACAGAAUAGUUCUGAUGAAAAGAAAUCCACUGAUGGAACUAAAGACACACAGAAGGAACUUGAUGUAAAGGAAUCCACUAAAGAAAUUAACAUCACACAAAAGGUUCCUGAUGUAAAGAAAUACACUGAAGAAAAUACAGACAUACAGAAGAGUUCUGAUGAAAAGAAAUCCACUGAUGGAACUAAUGACACACAGAAGAGUUCUGAUGAAAAGAAAUCCACUGAUGGAACUAACGACACACAGAAUAGUUCUGAUGAAAAGAAAUCCACUGAUGGAACUAAAGACACACAGAAGGAACUUGAUGUAAAGGAAUCCACUAAAGAAAUUAACAUCACACAAAAGGUUCCUGAUGGAAAGAAAUCCACUGAAGAAAAUACAGACAUACAGAAGAGUUCUGAUGAAAAGAAAUCCACUGAUGGAACUAAUGACACACAGAAGAGUUCUGAUGAAAAGAAAUCCACUGAUGGAACUAAAGACACACAGAAGGAACUUGAUGUAAAGGAAUCCACUAAAGAAAUUAACAUCACACAAAAGGUUCCUGAUGUAAAGAAAUACACUGAAGAAAAUACAGACAUACAGAAGAGUUCUGAUGAAAAGAAAUCCACUGAUGGAACUAAUGACACACAGAAGAGUUCUGAUGAAAAGAAAUCCACUGAUGGAACUAACCACACACAUAGGAGUUCUGAUGAAAAGAAAUCCACUGAAGGAACUAACGACACACAGAAUAGUUCUGAUGAAAAUAAAUCCACUGAAGGAACUAACGACACACAGAAGGAACUUGAUGUAAAGGAAUCCACUAAAGAAAUUAACAUCACACAAAAGGUUCCUGAUGGAAAGAAAUCCACUGAAGAAAAUACAGACAUACAGAAGAGUUCUGAUGAAAAGAAAUCCACUGAUGGAACUAACGACACACAGAAUAGUUCUGAUGAAAAGAAAUCCACUGAUGGAACUAAAGACACACAGAAGGAACUUGAUGUAAAGGAAUCCACUAAAGAAAUUAACAUCACACAAAAGGUUCCUGAUGGAAAGAAAUCCACUGAAGAAAAUACAGACAUACAGAAGAGUUCUGAUGAAAAGAAAUCCAGUGAAGGAACUAACGACACACAGAAGGAACUUGAUGUAAAGGAAUCCACUAAAGAAAUUAACAUCACACAAAAGGUUCCUGAUGGAAAGAAAUCCACUGAAGAAAAUACAGACAUACAGAAGAGUUCUGAUGAAAAGAAAUCCACUGAUGGAACUAACCACACACAUAGGAGUUCUGAUGAAAAGAAAUCCACUGAUGGAACUAAUGACAAACAGAAGGAACUUGAUGGACUUGGAGGACAAUGCAUUGACAGUGGAAUGAGGCACAUGUCAAACACUCAGGAGACCAUCUUUACAGAAGAGAAACACCAGGGUCUGGAUUGUGGAACCCAUCACUGUUGGCGUUCACUUCUCAGAAGAUCCAGCAGCACUGUCAGGGCCAAAACCAUGAAACACCUGUCCAGCACUGCCACAUUCAGCUCUAUCAGCGCUAAUCAGAAACACCAGGUGGUGGAAUUAGGAAAUCCUGCGAAGCCGGAGCAUCUCACGCACUUUGGAGGGCCCUUCGUGCACUUUGGAGACCGGUCUUCGAAGUCCGUGGCCUUCGAAAACCGAUGUCCAGACAGACCUGUGUCAACAGAUGCCUCUGCCACGGGCUGGGGUGCCAUGUACAAUGGGCAUGCUGUGUCGGACUCCUGGACAGUUAAUUUCCUCAAGUUGCUAGCAGUACAGCUUGCUCUGCACAACUUCAGUGCCCUGCUGAAGGACAAGCAUGUUCUGGUCCAUACGGACAACACUGAGUCCGUUCCUGAGAGGAGAAAGGAGGCUCAAUCAGCCUCGCCCUCAGCAAGUCCCCUCUUGGAACCUCGCAGUGGUUAUAUUGGCACUGCAGAGAGCUCCCUAUGA